GCAGCGUCAAGCGUGUAGCCGGCCAGUCCGCUCCGUGCCUUCGAGGUGAUAACACUUGUAGUGGCAUAAUGUCCACAGAGUAAAAAGCCGGUGCACAAAAAGUGACAGUGCCUCAGUGAGUGUCGGGAGUUCAGGACUCACUAUUUUUACGACAUCGAACACGACAAUUGCGUGCACUCCAUUUUGCACGUCAUUUUUUAAGUGCAAGAAGUGGGAUGCCUCAAUAUAUUUGAAGUAAUAAAGGUGGCGAAUCUUCAAUAUGGCUUGGCUUCAAACUAAAAUCUUCUUCUUCGUGACAUCCUUACUUCUCGCUCCGACGCUGGCUUCCAUCUGUCCGGACAAGUGCAUCUGCAGCACUACCCGUGACAGCCUACACCGCGCCACCUGCAGCAGUCUUCCAGAUCUGUACAAAUAUACCCUCCGACAGAAGCACCACAACAUUAACAUUCUCGACCUGUCGCACAACAACAUAACCAAAAUCACCCACGAACUCGACAGGCUAACGGAAGUCGUGACUCUCGAUCUAUCUACGAACGGUCUAACGGAUAUCAAUAAAUUUUUGCACAAUGCCAAGAAAUUGGUGCAUUUGAAUUUAGCUCAUAAUCGAAUUCAAUCUAUGUCGUUAUUGCAUUUACCAACUAGUAUCAGUUCGUUGGAUUUGACAAAUAAUUUGAUGAAAAAUGUACCAUCUGAUGUCAAUCAUUUAGCCAGUUUGGAACAUUUGGAGCUUGCAGGCAAUCCUUUAGAAUGUUCAUGCGAAAAUAUUAUCGCACGUGAUCAUCUCAUUGCUAACGGCGUCUUCAUAGAUCAUGUGAAAUGUUCUGGUCCAGCCAAUUUAAAGGGAAAGUCCUGGUUGGAAUUAAAAACAAAAGAAUUGUGUAAAGUUCCAACUUUUGACAUGGACAUGAUGAUGGGUGAUCAGCCAUUUGAUGCUGUUCAGAUAGGAGAAGAGACAACAGCGCUAAGAUCGAUGCCCUUAACCGCCAACACUGAUCUAGAAGAUGGUAAAGUAAUUUCAGAUACUGCACAUGAGAAUGACAAUGAUGAUGAUGAUAACGUACAAUUUAUGAAAGUGGGCCAUUAUUCUUCACCGUCUCGUACUCAUGAAAUAGAAGGAUCAGGUGAAGCUGAGAGUACUACAAUGAUUGAUAUUAUUGAACCUAUUGAAGAACGUAAAAUGUACAAUAAUUUAAUGAUGAGUGAAGAUAUGUUACCAGUCAAUAAUGUUAAAACAACAGAAGAUCCAGAUGAGGGCUCCGGUGAAGGAUCUGGAUUUGGUUACAUUGAUUUUAAUCACGAAACCGACAAGGGUAUUAUAACAACUACGCCCGUUGUUGAAGACUUCUUCCCACCAACUAUACCCAAUGUGUUUGAAGAAGACAGUGAAAAUGAUACGGGUAUGGACUUUCCGAUGCACACCCCGCCUACCAUAUAUCAAGGUGGCUCUGACUGGCACAAAAAAGUGGUGACGGAAGAACCAACUUUAUCCACAAUGAAAGCAGUUACCUUAGAAGCUACAAGAGAUACAACCGUAUCUGAACAAAUUCGCAUAACACAACCGUCAGAAGUUCUAGAUCAAGCGUCUCGUAAUGAAGAAAACGGACCAACUCAUAAAACUGGCACUUAUGUCUGCAUAGCUUUGAUUGUUGUUUUAUUAGUAGGUCUAAUUGGAUUUGCAAUAACUAAAAGUCAAAUGAGAAAGAGAAGGGAUCGAAGGCUGUUAAGACAUCAAAAAAGAGACGUUGAAAAAGCUUCCAAAGAAAUGGUAGAUAUGAACAAGUCAUUACUUGGGAAACCUGCUGUCGCUGAAACUCCAAAUGAAAAAAUAACUAACGGAAAAUAUGAACUCGUGCCUACUCAUGAAGUACAUCAGAAAAAAGAUAAAAAUGGUGAUUUAAGUCAUGGUAAGAAAUACGAUGAAAGCAAUGGCUUAAGAACUGAUAGCCCACGAGACACAAAUCAAAAUAAAAAUAGUUCUAAAGAUAAUAACUUAACUCCAGACGUGCUUCCACCACAAGAGACUUCUUUCGAUUCUGAUGUUGUAGCACCUACCUCGAGAAAAGACACAAAUACAAACUCUAUUUCGAGCGAUGAAUAUUUUGUGCCAAUAAAUGAUGAUGAUGCAACUAGAAUAAACGGAAAUCUAGAGUCAGACACCUCUCAGCCCCUGAUCAAUGGAGACCCAGAUUAUUUAUCACCAUCCCGUGAAUAUGUUCCAGUCUAUUCACCGGAUAUGGGAAGGGUAAGAAUCAAAAUGACCGAGACUCCAAAACCUAAAACGCCUGUACUAGUCACAAGAAGCCGAUCAAACGCUGGAGACAUAAUCAUUACACCGUCAUUAGACAACAAUGCGAUAAAAUCGACCACUUGAGAAGAAUAUUUAUCGAAAAGGACAUUUUUUAAUUCAACGAUAAUUAACAAGCACUUCAAUAUUGGCAAAUUCUGUGAUUAUUCUGUGUUUAUGUGAAGGAAACUGUUUAGUGAUUUCGAGUUCAGAAUUCACGAUGUACUGCCAAAGUGUGUUUGUAGUCGACAGUGCCUUUAUUAGAAACUUAUUAGUGGUAUAAUAUAUUUAUGAUAGUAAAGUGCGCUAAACAAAUCAUAUUUUUAUACGUGUAAAAAGUUGCCAUGAACAUAAAUAAUGUUAAUAGGUAUAAAUCAGUUUUAAAGGUACGCAAGACAUAGAAAAUCUUUUAUGAAAUGAUUAUACAUACAUUUUUGGUUAUAUUCAAGGUUGUGUACUUACUUACCGACAUAAUCUGAUGCAUGCUUUAUUUUAAAUGGUAACAAUGUUCAAACGAUGUCUGUUAUAUUUUAUUUGAAUGUUUUCACGAGUAUUUCCAUGGUGUAAGAAUUAAGUUCCUUAUAAUAUGUAAUUUUAUUGAAUUUAGUUUGCUAAGAUUGUGAUACAGUUAAUUAUUUAAGUUAAUCGUGCAGAAUAUGUAUGCAAGAAGUCUGUUAUAGGAUAAAUUUUGCGUGUUAUUUUUAUUUUAAAGAAUUAUACUUAGACUGGGCUCAUAUUAUUUGCUUGAUUUCAUUGACUUGUUAUUCAUAUUAUUUUACUGACAUAUUUUUUUAUUCAAUAGCUUCGAAUAAUGUUAAUAACUUUAAGAACAAAUGUUUCGUACACCAAUAGAAAUUCAUUUAAUUUUAUAAUUAUUUCAAUAUUUUACAUAAAAAUACUGAAUAAAUUAUUAUUUAUACAAUAAA